AUGGAGCCCCACGAGAACGGCAGCUGCUGCGGCGGCCACUGCGACGGGGCCCCCCCACCUGCUGCAGCAGCAGCAGCAGCAGCAGCAGCAGCAGCAGCAGCAGCAGCAGACACGAGCCCCCCCCACGCAGCAGACACGGAAGUGGACGUCAGCGGCGACGGGGGCGUCAUCAAGCGAGUGCUGGUUCAGGGCACAGGCGAGCGGCCCCCCAAGGGCUACGAGGUGGAGGUACACUACGUGGGAAAGCUGGAAGAUGGCACUCAGUUCGACUCUUCUCGCGACCGCGACAGCCCCUUCCGGUUUGUGCUGGGAGAGGGCCAAGUUAUUAAGGGAUGGGAUUUGGGGGUUGCAACUAUGAGCGUUGGAGAGAAGUCCAUGCUCACAAUUCAACCGACCUACGGAUACGGCGAAGCGGGAGCUGGCGGCACAAUACCUCCUAACGCGACGCUGAAGUUCGAAGUGGAGCUGCUGAGUUUCCGGGCGAAGGCGAAGCAGCCGUGGGCCAUGAGCGUGGAGGAGAAGAUCCAAGCAGCAGCAGAUGAAAAAGAAAAAGGAAAUGCAGCUUUUAAAAAAAAAGAUUUGGCAGAAGCUGCAGCAGCUUAUCGCGAGG